AUGGAAUCGCCUAAAAGUUACCAAAACGAUUUCCCCUAUGAUCAUGUGGAAGUUAAUAGUUUGGUGCUGGUAAAAAUGUUGAAACAUUGGAACGAUAAUUACCCAACUCCAGUAAAUGGUCAGCUUUUGGGUCUAGACGUGGGCAGUAAGUUGGAAGUCACUAAUUGCUUCCCUUAUCCACAAAAGAAAGAUAUACAUAAUACUCUAAGUAAGGACAGAUAUCUGAACAACUUGUCUGAGAAAGAACUUGAAGACAAAGCUGAUGAGGAGUUUGUUAAGUAUCAGGAGAAGAUGAUGGGUUUUCUCCAUGAUGUAAACGUUGAUAGUUUUUCUGUUGGUUGGUACCAGACCAUAAAUUUUGGAGAAUUGCAUGCCAAGGAGAUAAUUGAUAAUUUGGUAGUAUACCAGGAAACAGUCACUAAAGCAGUGAUGAUAGGAUUUCAUCCAAUAACUAAUAGCGACAAAUUGUCCUUAAAGGCUUAUCGCAUUGGCCCUGAAUUAUUGGCCAUUUACUCUGAGGGACAAGAUGACCCCAAGAAGUAUAACCAGCUGAGGGGCAGUCAAAUUUUAAUUGAAGUGCCUAUAAUAAUCAAAAAUUCACUCCUAAUAGACGCAUGCCUGCGUGAACACUUUUCACCCUUCGUUUCCCAAAACUUGUCAUUUUUUGACGUUUUUGACACUGAUAAACAUGAGAUUGAGUAUAAGCUUAAUUUCCUAUUGCAAUCAUUGGACGCCUUGACUGAAAAUCAGGAAAAAUUUGUGCGAUACCAACGUGAUUAUACAAGGCAACAACAACAACAGAAACAAUUCACGGAGCGCAGGAGAUUGGAAAAUGAACAAAGGAAGUUACGCGGCGAGCCACUAAUACCCCUUGAUUUGGAUAUACCAAUAUUUAAAAAAUUGGGUUAUCCAUCACAACUUCCAACUUUUAUUUUAUCACAGGAAUGUGCCUCUCAUGUGGAUGAUAUCAACAGGCUGAGCUUUGAGAAUUUGUCCAGGUUGGCAUUGCAGUAUAAUCCAUAA